AAGCAAACGUGUAUAUAUUGCUACAAAUUAUUGCGUUGAGCUCAUCUGGCGAGUAUAUUCCAGACAAUAAAAACAUUGCACACGUAUACAGAGCAGACUUUACAAAAUGUCAGACACUCUCCUGGCGUAUGUACUGCUGAAAGUAUUUGGCGAGCCGUAUCUCCCCACUGAUUUCACCCAGCUCAUAUACGUUCUUGACUUGCACGCUCGUAAAAUGACUACAGAAAGCUUGAACAUUUUCACGGAAAAAUACAUCAUGACAAAAUGGGGCGCUAUCCUGCUCAUCAGAGAUGCGGUGUUUGUGUGGUUUGUAUGGCGUGUUUUCGUCAUGUUUCUGGCGCCUUUGAUCAUGUACGGCCCAUUGAAAACAGGGCGUAAGAUUGUGCGGGGGCUCUAUAAACGGGGCCUGACUGUGGUAAUGUCGCUACCCCCGAUCAGGAGAAAAGUUGAUGCAGAAUUGGCGAAGACACUUGCCUUGGUGGAGCUGGAGAUCAUCAAGAACGAUGACGCACUUCUCCAGUUCCCGCAAAUCCCAGAGCAAGGAAUGUCGCCCGAAUCGGUGCUUGAACAAAUUUCGCAAACGCAAAGCAAACUAGGGCAUAGCGACUGGCAGAAUGGGCGUGUUUCCGGCGCCGUAUACCAUGGUGGAGACCAGUUGUUGACAUUGCAGCUGAAAGCGUAUGAACUGUAUAGUGUAGCCAACCAGUUGCACCCGGACGUUUUCCCGGGGAUUCGAAAAAUGGAGGCGGAAGUGGUAGCCAUGGUGUUGAGCAUUUUCAAUGGCCCAGAUCUGGCGUGUGGCAGCUCCACCUCGGGGGGCACAGAAUCUCUUUUACUUGCCGGCUUAGCAGCGCGUGAACAUGGGAAGAAAGUCAAAGGAAUCACCCGGCCCGAGGUUAUUGCGCCUGUGACGGUCCACGCGGGUAUCGAAAAAGCCUGUUACUACUUCGGUAUGACGCUCCACAAGGUGGACGUGGACCCAGAGACUUUUCAGGUUGACUUAAGCAAAAUGGGCAGAUUGAUCAAUAGAAACACUGUGUUGCUUGUGGGCUCGGCACCCAACUACCCGCAUGGAAUAAUCGACGAUAUCGAGGGGAUCUCUAGAUUGGCGGUCAGACACAAUAUCCCACUCCACGUGGACGCGUGCUUGGGGUCAUUCAUCGUGACUUUCUUGGAGCGGCUGCAAGUGCAUGGCGAUAAGCGGAUUCCUCUCUUUGAUUUCCGUGUGCCAGGCGUCACGUCGAUCUCUUGUGACACCCAUAAAUACGGGUUUGCUCCGAAAGGCUCAUCAGUGAUUAUGUACCGCGACGCCAAACUCCGGGAAUGCCAGUACUACGUGCUGAGCGAUUGGACUGGUGGAAUGUAUGGUCUGCCGACCUUGGCCGGCUCGCGUCCCGGGGCCUUGAUGGCCGGGUGUUGGGCCACUUUGCUUGCCAUGGGCGUGGAAGGGUACACACAGCUGUGCAUGGAAAUCGUCACCGUGAUGAAGAAAGUAAGGAAGGCAAUUGAAACCGAGCCGCUGCUAGUCAAGCACUUGCGGAUUAUUGGUGACCCGAUUGCCUCGGUGGUGGCAUUUCAAACACGGAACACGAGUAAGUUGAACAUCUACCAAAUCGGCGACGCCAUGCUGAAACGUGGCUGGCACUUGGCGUCGUUGCAGAACCCAGCAGCCUUGCAUUUUGCAUUCACGCGGCUUUCUGUGCCUGUGGCCGAUGCCAUGAUUGCAGACUUGAUUGAUAUCGUGGAGUCGCAAGAAAGCGCAGAUUCCUUGCCAAAAAGUGAUACCGCUGCCCUCUAUGGUGUUGCAGGCAAUGUUUCGACGGCAGGCGUUGCCGAGAGAGUUAUCGUAGGAUUUCUCGAUGCGUUGUACAAGCUUUAAAGCUGAUAAUCACUCGCGUUUCUGUAUCAAUAUCAGGGCAUAACCUACUGCAAAGUGGAGAUGUAGAUGGUCUA